AUGGCUACAGCCAUAUACACGAACCAGCCUGGUGCUCAGUACGGAUACCCACAACCGCCUCCUUCGCCUCCAAUGGACGAAACCUCGAAAUGCUCUCUUCCCUCGAUCUCCAACUUAUUAGUAAUGGCAGACGGUGGAUCGCCAACGACUGAGCAGUCGCCCCAGUCUCAGCAGGGUAUGAACGGGUUGAACAACUUUGUUAUUAUUAUGAAAGGCACUGUACUAAACUCCGGUGUAGCACCAUCAGUGAAGGUAGAGACUCGACCGAAUUCGGCUCACUGUGCGAGCAGCGCUCCUCGAGCCGCUUUACCUCCUACUCCCCCUAUGAGUUCAGAUGCGUCCUUCGAUGGCUACAACUCACCGUCGACAAGAUCAGUUUCUGUUGUAUCGGGGCCAAACUACUAUUACGAGACGACCCCGCCGCUAGAAGAUGUUCACCGCCAUCAUAUGGCGGCAGCGGUGGCACCUCGUAUGUCCAUGCAAGCUCCGGCAUAUUCGCAACCCGCUUUUACUGCGCCAUACCUGGGUCAGGCGCCAGUAUCAGCUUAUUAUCCCGCCACUCUCCCGGGAGUUCAGGCAGCUCAACCGCAGAUCUCGGGACUCUACUAUCAGAGGCCAUUGCCACAGGUUUGUCUAAUUCAUGGUUCGGUGGAUAAAGAGGGACAUAAGCUUACCAGGCAACAGACGUUUCCUCCCCUACCAGUAACGGUGUCUCUAGCGCCAACUCAAGGGGGCAACCCGUGGCAACACCAUCAUUACAUUUCGCCAUCAUCGGCGGCAUCUUUCCCGCAGUCGCAGGAUCGUUACAUCUGCCAGACCUGCAACAAGGCGUUUUCGAGACCAAGCUCGCUACGAAUUCACAGCCACUCGCACACCGGCGAGAAGCCCUUCAAGUGCCCUCACGCGGGCUGCGGAAAGGCGUUCAGCGUACGAAGCAAUAUGAAGAGGCACGAGCGCGGAUGUCACGACAACGGCAACUCUCACCACUAA